CAGAAUUCCUUCACAAUUUCGGAAUCCGUCGUUUUCGAUCUUUCAUAAACCGAUGAGCUAGUAUGUCGGAAAUACUCCUUGUCUCCUCCCCUUGCCUCCUACCACCAUGUUCGCUGCGGCACGCCCUGCACUCGCGUCCACCUCGCGCGCGGCCGUUCGCUUCGCCUCCUCGUCCUCGACCGACAAGUACAAGGUCGUGGUUGUCGGCGCAGGCAGCGGAGGAUUGAGCGUCGCGAACCAGAUCUACGACCGCUUCAAGGCAGCCGGAAAGCCCUUGAACGAGGGGGACAUCGCGAUCGUCGAUGGCGCGGAAUACCACUACUAUCAGCCCGGAUGGACUCUGGUCGGCGCUGGGUUGAAGAGGAAGCAGGACACGCGCAAGCCCCUCGCAAGCCUCAUCCCUCGCCACCUCUCCCACAUACCCGAGAACGUCCAGUCCUUCGCCCCCGAAAAGUCCUCCGUCACCACCUCCUCCGGCCGCACGCUCUCGUACGACACCCUCGUCGUCGCCACUGGCCUCCAGAUCAACUGGGACGGCAUCAACGGCUUGUCAGACGCCCUCGCUGAUCCCAAGUCCGGCGUCUCCUCCAUCUACUCUUACGACACCGCCGACAAGGUCUGGAGCGACAUUGAGGCCUUCCGAGGUGGCAAGGCUGUAUUCACGCAGCCCGCAGGCGUCGUGAAAUGCGCCGGUGCGCCCCAAAAGAUCAUGUGGAUGGCCUGGGACCGCUUCCGCAGGACGAACCGCCUCGACGGCGCGCAGAUCGACUUUUACACGGGCAUGCCGACGAUGUUCUCCGUGCCAAAGUACUCGGAGCGGCUGAACGAGCUCCGCGUCCAGCGCGGCGUCGGCGGCCACUUUGGCCACAACCUCGUCUCCGUCGACGCCGCGAACCGGCGCGCGACGUUCAAGACCGCGGACAGCACGCUCGACGUCGACUACACCACGCUGCACGCCACGCCGCCCAUGGGCCCGCCCGCCGUCAUCAAGGGCUCCCCCCUCGCCGACGCUGCCGGCUGGGUCUCCGUCAACCAGGCCACCCUCCAACACACGAACCCCGCGUACAGCAACGUCUUUGCCAUCGGCGACUGCUCCUCGCUGCCGACGUCGAAGACCGCCGCCGCCAUCAUCGCGCAGGCGCCCGUCCUCACUGAGAACCUCUUCUCGCUCGUCGACACGGGCAAGGUCGCCGGCGCCGCGUACGACGGGUAUACGAGCUGCCCACUACUCACUGGGUAUGGCGAGCUCCUGCUUGCGGAAUUCAAGUACGGGCUCGAGCCGAAGGAGACGUUUGCGGGCGUGCCGGGCAUCGGCGACCAGGCGACGCCGCGCCGGCUGUUCUACCACUUCAAGAAGGACCUCUUCCCGUAUGCGUACUGGAAGUACAUGGUCCGCGGCAAGUGGUAUGGCACUACCGGCGUGUUCCGCCCGUCGUUCUCGAAGCAGAGCGCGACCCCCGCCCCCUCGGUCUGAUCUCAAUAUAGAGGUCAGGAUCCAUGUAUUCUACGACGCUAUGUAUAACGCAAAGCUCUUUAUGGUUACGUAGACAAUUACUCACCGUGUUUGCUUUUAGUCCGCUUACUGUAGAAGACGCUACACACUAUAAUUUAUUCCUUCAUGAUCGAAUGAUUUCGACUCCGAAUUUGGAGAACACUGUAGUCGCUUCGUCAUGCAAACUCCUUUCUACAGCCGAGCGUGGAAACCGCACAGCAACAGCGU